GUCAAGCUAACCCACGCCUCUAAAAGAGAGCCUAAGACAUAAGAGACACGCAUCUUCCUCCCAACUUUCAUUGAAAACUGCCUCGCAGUGAAGAUAACGCUUUUGAAGAAGCCAACGAAUCAGAGUCCAAACCGAAAUUAGUUUUGCGCCGGCCUUCCUGUUGGUACACCAUGCCUUUAUUGGAUGAUGUAGUGAAGACAUUCCCACCGCGAGGAAAUAUGCAGCAGCAUAGGCUAUCGAAAGCCACGAAUGUCUAUUGCACUCGAUGCAACUGUACAAAGACUGCGAAGCUUGUGACCACCAUCGAUGAGAAAUGGGACGAACUAUACUGCAAUGCAUGUUACGGCAACAAUUUAGCAACAACAGAAACCGCGGGCUAAAGAGCGGUUUUUGGUAGACAUUCCACCUGGUUGCUUCCUACGGGAUAAUACUACUACUACUCUACAAAAAGCUAUGCACAGACACAUUGGGCUAUACAAAUCUUGUUCGAUACUGUUAUCCAUGCAGGGUUCUGUUUUUAGCCAUUAAUCACGUUGCUAUACCCUGCAGAAGGGGUGCAGUCUUUUAUCAUUAGCUUGGUGCUAUAGUGUACGACGAUAUAACUGAAAAUAGACGGUCCGCAGAGACAAGGAAUGAACAC